AUGACAAAAAAUAGACUUUUAAUAGAAUCCCGUGAAGCCAGAAGGCAGAAUGACCCAGACAUAACGCUUACUCACAGUGAUUACAAUUUAUACGAGUGGCAAGCCAUCAUUAGGGGACCUAAGGAUUCUCCGUAUGAGGGAGGAAAGUGGAAACUGAGCAUAAAAUGCAAGAGCACCUAUCCAAUAGACCCACCAGUGAUAACUUUUAUAACUAAGUUUUUUCAUCCAAACGUUAAUUUUGUAACAGGAGAAUUAUGUAUGGAUAUUUUGAAGACCAACUGGAGCCCUGCUUGGACUAUUCAAUCCCUUUGUCGAGCCAUUCUUUUUUUAUUUACGGAACCCAACGCAGACAGUCCACUAAAUUGUGAUGCAGGGAAUUUACUGCGAUCUGGAGACGUUAAAGGGUUUCAAUCCAUGGCCAGAAUGUACACAUAUGAAUUUGCCAUGCAGAAUGAUUGA